CACAAGCGCUCCGUCCCUUUCAGCGGCAGGCAGAGGGAAGAGAAAGGGUCUGUUGUUUCUCUCUCCUUGUUUCUUGCUCUCUGCUGAUCACCCAGCUGCUGACCAGGUCAGAAAGCCCCGAUGGAAAUCCUCCAUUGUUGGGCAGGCCCCUCCUCCUCCAGGGAGCUUGCCCUCAACUAAUUUUUCUUUGUCCCGAUGGGAGAAAGAGAGAGAGAAAGAAGAAAGAAGAAAAACCACAAACUUCCUUUGAAAACCAGUUUGUAGUCAGGGCCUGGAACACACGCCCCAGACUCAGCGACUCAGGAAUCCUGAAGACGCUCUGAGCGACCCUGGAGCACCUGGGCUGCGCCUCUGCCUGCCCUCACCCCCCUCCAGUGCCCCCAGCCCUGGGCGUGAGUCCGGAAGUGGCCACGACACAGCCAGGACCGCCGCUUGUAAACCUGUGUAAACCUGUGUAAGCUCUGGCUGGCGCUGGCAGCCGGAAAGCAGCUGGCCCUGGUGGUGCCCCUCAUUGUACCCACCUCCCCUGUUGAAUGGCCAGAGCUGAGCCCUCCUCCUCAGUCCUGGAACAUCACCCACUUCUUUAAGGGAAGCUGACUCUACCCAAUGUCUUCAAUUCCACUCCACUCAUCCCUCCCAAGCUCGGAAGCCCCAAGCCCUCCUUAGUCCCAUCUAUUCACAGCAAGUUAGAGGUGGAAGGAGCUCAGCUCGGGGCCCAUCUGUUUACACAAGCUGAGAAAGACACCUACUACCCAUAGCCAGGAGUGACUACACAGACACUAGCCACACUUCCACACUACAUUCCUUUUCCAUGACUUUUCUGGGUCCAUUUGCUUUCCAGCCCAAUGAUUUUCUUCUUAUUGGACAGGUCCCUCUUUUGCAUACCAAGCCUGGUUUAGGAAAGUCUCUGAGAUCAAUAAACGCCUUCCGUGCCCCUCAGUUGACCACCUUCCAACCAUGGAGCACCAUGAGCCUGAGCAUCCAGCCCCUGGUAAGGCCAUGACUGCAGAAGCAGUCACCCCUGAAAACCAUGAGGUCCUGCUGGGACCGGAUGAGCACCCUCAGGACAAGAAUGCCAAAGAUGCUGAUGGGGCAGCUGGAGAACAGGAUCCAGUAGACCAACCUUUGCUGCCUGCCCAGGAUGGGGAUAACCUCGAGUCCCCUCCACCUGAAGGUAGCUCAAGUCAACCAGGGCCAGCCCACAGGAUGUCGCCUGAGGUAGAGACAAUGGGGACAUGCUUCAUGCCCCAGGAGCUUCCCCAGUCCCCCAAGACCCGGCAGCCUGAGCUCGAUUUCUACUGCGUGAAGUGGAUCCCCUGGAAGGGAGAACGGACACCCAUCAUCACUCAGAGCUCUAACGGCCCCUGCCCUCUCCUCGCCAUCAUGAACAUCCUCUUUCUUCAGUGGAAGGUGAAGCUGCCCCCCCAGAAGGAAGUGAUCACAUCAGAUGAGCUCAUGGCCCAUCUUGGAAACUGCCUCCUGUCCAUCAAGCCUCAGGAGAAGUCAGAGGGACUUCAGCUUAAUUUUCAGCAGAAUGUGGAUGAUGCAAUGACGGUGCUGCCUAAACUGGCCACAGGUCUGGAUGUCAAUGUGCGAUUCACAGGCGUCUCUGAUUUUGAGUAUACACCUGAGUGCAGUGUCUUUGACCUACUAGGCAUACCUCUAUACCAUGGCUGGCUUGUUGAUCCACAGAGUUCUGAGGCUGUGAGUGCAGUUGGGAAACUGAGCUACAACCAGUUGGUAGAGAAGAUCAUCACCUGCAAACACUCCAGUGACACCAACCUUGUGACAGAAGGCCUGAUUGCAGAGCAGUUCCUGGAGGCCACUGCAGCACAGCUGACCUACCAUGGACUGUGUGAGUUAACAGCAACUGCCAAGGCGGGUGAACUUAGUGUCUUUUUCCGAAACAAUCACUUCAGCACUAUGACUAAGCACAAGAAUCACUUGUACCUACUGGUCACUGACCAGGGCUUCCUACAGGAGCAGCAAGUGGUUUGGGAGAGCUUGCACAAUGUGGAUGGAGACAGCUGCUUCUGUGACUCUGACUUUCACCUAAGUCAUUCCCUUGGCCAGGGUCCUGGAGCAGAAUGUGGGAGCGGUUCCCCAGAAAAGCAACUACAGGUAGACCAGGACUACCUGAUUGCCCUGUCUCUGCAGCAGCAACAGCAGCCACAAGGCACAUUGGGUAUUAGCGACUUGGAGCUGGCCCAGCAACUUCAGCAAGAGGAGUAUCAACAGCAGCAAGCAGUCCAGCCUGUGCAAACAUGGGCCCCAUCACCACAGGGCAGAGGAGCCGCAUCCAGACGCGCAGCCGGGGAGCGCCGGCAGAGGCCGAAGCAUGAGUCUGACUGUGUUCUGCUAUAGCUCUGCCCCAGUGCCGGGCUGACCUACUCCUUCUUUCAGAGGCUAAGGCUAAUUUGCUUGCUCUCCCACCUCAACCACUGAGAUAUGCAGGAUAAAUUAUUUAUGGACACUUUUGGGGAUUGAGGCCGGCAGGAAACGCCAGACUCUGUAACUCCCUUGCCCUCACGUGCUGCUGCCUUCUCUUCCUCCCAUCCAGGGCAACAUUGGGAUAGAUAGGGUGAAGAAGUGUGGUUCCCAACUUCCUUUCCCAGAAUAGUCGCAUGAAUAUACAGACUCAGGCUCCAGGGUGAGAUCCCAAUCUGGAAUGUAUCUCUCCUACUUCCUACCCCUGACUUCCUGGGUGCUCCUGGCUACCCAGCAGGUCUAUCUCCCUUUGUUUCAAGGUUUUAUUUGGGUUUCUAUCUCCAUUAUUUGUAAUGCCUGCUUAGGGGGUUGGAAAUAAAACUUCUUUCCUGA